AUGGCAAAGAAUAGGUACAGAAAGAUUACCAGUUCUGCACAAUUAGAAAACGUGAACUUUUUCUCUACUCUUUUUUUCCAAUGGAUGAACAUUUUGAUGAAGACGGGAAGUGAACGUGCAGUUGAUGAAAAUGAUCUUUUACCUCUUAAAGAAGAAAACUGUACUCGGUUUUUGACAGAGAAGCUUCAGGCCAAAUGGAUCGAAGAAACAGCUCAUAGUGAAAGACAUGAUCUUACACCAAAACUUUGGAAAAGUGUAUUGAAGAUGCUAACGAGGAAGGACUCAAUGAUUCUCAUUACAGCUGGCAGUUUUACCACAUUUUGUCGCAUUCUCCAACCACUGCUGCUUGGAUACCUCAUAAAAUCCCUAAUGAUCGCGGAUCUACAACACAAUUAUCUUCUCUACGGUUGUGCUUCCGCAAUUGGGAUAAACGAAUUGGUCUGUUCUCUUAGCUUGCACCAAUUUGACUACCAUUGUGAGCUGCUUGGAAUCAGGAUAAGUUGUGCCCUUAAAGGAUUAGUUUAUAUGAAGGUAAAGGUAAUA